CUGUAACGGAAUCUGACAACAUAUCUGUACUCGCCACGGGACCAACGAUGGAUGACAACUUGGAUUUUCACAAGGGCACACAUGCGACAGGCACACAAGACAGAGGUCAUCCUAACUAUUCUUACACAACUAACAUUUGUUCUCACAUCCUGUUUUCAGCUUCCUCGUCUCCCUGUUAAAGGCCGUCAAAUUUCAAACUUGAAGUACUGAUUGUCAGUCGGGGUCGAGCCCAGGGUCGAAUGGUAAAUCUGAAGGAAAUAUUUGGUAAAUAUGGUAUGAUUUCUUGGAAAGAUAAAUUCGACCCCACAGUGCCAUUGGUAGUGUCUGUAGUCCACGCUCGGUAUGUGGAGCCCACGGCCCUCUUGAUGCUGCAAGUGCAAUGUAUGAUCGAGCGUUCGAGAACUCAUAUUGGAAUACGGAGCUCACGUAUAAACGACACCCCGCUGCGGAUGGGUGUGGUGAUUAAGGGUCCAGAUCUGGUUUCCCGACUAAGAUGCAAUGACGAGCGGAGUGGUGUCCGCUGUCGCUCCGGUUGUCAUAUCACCGACUUUGAUCAUAUACUGAUUUUCAGCCGCUUGUCCUUGGAAAGUGAACUUUUGGAAACCCGGAGUCAACCACACGGUAGGCGUACGAGAUACCUUGCAGUGAGAGACUUACGAGCACGGCCUGAAUGCCAGAGCCCCUCGGACGUGGCACGAGAGCUACCGAGGGGUACUGAUGAGGCUUCACACCAAUGCAGGUAUGUUAUUAGCGGAAGCCAUACUGAUGACGAGGCGAAGAGAGACUUGACUCUGGGUUAUCAGCCGGUCAAGACACUCAGCCCUUUUAUCCUCGAAGACGUGGGGGUCGAAUCCUUGACAAGGGCAGCCUGGGACUGGAAUGUCAUGCUCUGAAGGUGAGCCUGAUGGAACAAUUUGCUAGACAAUUUGACGGGCGUAAAGUUGGCGCUAGGAAUGGGUCAGAGAUGCCUCAUCCAGCGAAGCACUGAGCAUUAAUUGAAUGACUUUCCCUACAAAGAACGGGAUGGUAUCGAUAAUCAACCUAUUUCAUAGCCUGCCGCCUAACUCCGGCAGAGUGGAACCCAUGAGCACCCUCGGAUCAUUACAUACACGAAGGACGCU